AACACUUCAUUCCUAGUCUAAAUAGCCAAGGCCAGUUUCAACAAGGACAAAAAAAAAAAUAAAAAGAAGUGAUUAUUGAGGUUCAAGUGAUAUUUUCUUUCUUUAAGAAAAAAUAAAGUUUGAAAAGAAAGAAUGGCAUUCACAGGAACCUUGGAUAAAUGCAAGGCUUGUGACAAGACCGUUUACUUUGUUGAUUUGUUAUCCGCAGAUGGAGCAACAUACCAUAAAUCAUGCUUCAAAUGCAGCCACUGCAAAGGCACCCUUGUGAUGAGCAACUACUCCUCAAUGGAAGGAGUCCUGUACUGCAAAACUCAUUUUGAGCAACUCUUCAAGGAGUCUGGAAAUUUUAGCAAAAACUUUCACUCUUCUAGCAGCAGGGAGAAUUCACUGACAAAGGCCUCAAACAAAUAUUCUUCCAUGUUCUCUGGAACUCAAGAAAAAUGUCCUGCCUGCAGCAAAACUGUGUAUCCACUUGAAAAGGUGACUAUGGAGGGAGAGUCAUACCACAAAUCAUGUUUCAAGUGCUCUCAUGGAGGUUGUGCCCUGACACAUGCUACGUAUGCAGCCCUUGAUGGGGUCCUCUACUGCAAGCACCAUUUCACUCAGCUCUUCAUGGAGAAGGGAAAUUAUCAGCAUGUCCUCAAGGCUGGUCAGAGGAAGAAUCAAGCGGCGGCUGCUGCUGAUUCUGAUGCAGAAGCAGAAUCAGAUCGAGAGGGAGAGGAAGCCCAUCCGGCACCCCAACCCGAACCUCAACCUAAGGAGGAGGAGGAGGAGAAGGAGGAGGAGAAGGAAAAGGCCGCUGAAGAAGAAUAAUCCAAUCAUAUAUAUAUAUAUAAUAUAUAUAUUGCAUCUUUGAUUUAAUGCUUCUUUUUCCCUCUCUUCCCAUUUGCUUCUGAUGUUUUCUUCUUGUGAAUUAUUUCUCAUCUCAUUGUUUGGCACAGGCCGGGCGUAUGUAGUUUUGUUUUCCAGUUUGUACGUAUACAUUGUUUGAGAGACCAUCUAUAAAUAUACUACAAUCUGAUGUUUCUUUUUUCUU